CGCCCCUCCCCCCCGGCGCCGGCAAACGGGGCGGGGGCGGAAGCGGGCGAGGCGAUGGCGGCGGCGUCUGGUGUGGGGCAGCAGUGGGUGCUGGUGGAGAUGGUGCAGGCCUUCUACGAGGCUCCUGCUUACCAUCUCAUUUUGGAAGGAAUUCUAAUUCUAUGGAUAAUCAGACUUCUUUUCUCCAAGACAUAUAAGCUUCAAGAGCGGUCUGAUCUGACUCCUAAGGAAAAAGAAGAGUUAAUUGAAGAAUGGCAGCCAGAGCCUCUUGUACCUCCUGUACCAAAAGAUCACCCGGCUCUCAACUACAACAUUGUUUCGGGUCCUCCCAGCCAUAUAAUCACUGUUAAUGGCAAGGAAUGUAUAAACUUUGCAUCAUUUAACUUUCUUGGACUUUUGGAUAAUGAAAAGGUUAAGAGUGCAGCCCAGGCAUCUCUGAAAAAAUACGGUGUUGGCACUUGUGGACCUAGAGGAUUCUAUGGUACUUUUGAUGUGCACUUAGAAUUAGAAGAACGACUAGCAAAAUUCAUGAGGACAGAAGAAGCUAUUAUAUACUCAUAUGGAUUUGCUACAAUUGCCAGUGCUAUUCCAGCAUAUUCGAAAAGGGGGGACAUUGUGUUUGUAGAUGAAGCUGCCUGCUUUGCUAUUCAGAAGGGAUUACAGGCAUCUCGUAGUAACAUCAAGUUAUUUAAGCAUAAUGAUAUGGCUGACCUUGAACGACUGUUGAAAGAACAGGAGACUGAAGAUCAAAAGAAUCCUCGCAAGGCCCGCGUGACUCGAAGAUUUAUUGUAGUGGAAGGAUUGUAUAUGAACACAGGAGAUGUUUGCCCUCUUCCAGAAUUGAUAAAAUUGAAGUAUAAAUACAAAGUCAGAAUAUUUUUGGAGGAAAGCCUUUCCUUUGGAGUCCUUGGAGAACAUGGAAGGGGAAUUACUGAACACUUUGGAAUAAAUAUUGAUGAUAUAGAUCUUAUUAGUGCAAACAUGGAAAAUUCACUGGCUUCUAUUGGAGGAUUUUGCUGUGGAAGAUCUUUUAUUAUUGACCAUCAGCGAUUGUCUGGUCAGGGCUACUGCUUUUCUGCAUCCCUGCCUCCUCUGUUAGCUGCUGCUGCUAUUGAGGCGCUGAAUAUUAUGGAAGAUAAUCCAGACGUUUUUCAGACUCUCCGGGCUAAAUGCGAACGAAUUCACAAAGCUUUACAAGGGAUUUCUGGGUUAAAAGUAGUGGGAGAAUCUUUUUCUCCAGCAUUGCAUCUACAGUUGGAAGAGAGCUGUGGAUCUCGAGAAGAUGAUGUGAAGUUGCUCCAAAGAGUUGUGGAUUAUUGCAUGAAGAGUGGUGUUGCAUUAACUCAGGCCCACUAUUUGGAGAAAGAAGAAAAGUGUCUUCCUCCACCGAGUAUUCGAGUAGUGAUAACAGUGGAACAAACAGAACAAGAACUUGACAAAGCUGCAUCACUUCUUAAGGAAGCUGCACAGUCUGUAUUGAAUUAGACUGUUAUUUUGGAUUCCUCUUUCCCUCAGUUAUUCUAAGUGUUUUAUACUGUGUAGUGACUUCACUUCAGAUAUUGCAAGUUUUUCCACUGAUGGCAUUGAAACCUGAGUGAAUAACAAGAUUGUUCCAGAAUCAUACAAAUGCAGUGAGGGGAAGAAUGCUGGAUUUUGGAACUUGUGAGUAACACAGUGUACUUGCAAUUCAAACUCUAGCAUUCACUAGCAUUCCUUAAAAGAGGGUAUCACUGUUGCAUACUGGACUCUUAUCAUAAGUUGCAUCUUAAAAAGUUUUAAAUGUAUUCCUUCAAACCCUUAAAUGUUUUCAAAAAUGUCGGUGUAUAUUUUCAAAAAUGCAUACAUGUUGUUCCUCCCCCCCCCAAAAAAAAAUCUUAAGUUUAUUGUUUUUCUCAUUUUGAUAAUGUAGGAACUUAAAAUAAAUGUCAAGGAAUUAUUGCUCCCCUCUGCCCCAGAUGAAGAUAGAGUGUUCCUAAUACUGCUAAUAUGGAGAAAACAACACCUUAAGAGAUAAUUUUGUGCUAUAUUAUAUAAUUUUUAUUGAAUAGUAGAAGGAACGUCAGUUCUUUUUUGUUUAUAUCUUUCUCUAACCAUUUUGGAAGCCAGUUUUUAAGAAUGCCUGAACAGAGAAUUACAUUAUCUAAAUCAUAUAUUCAUAUUAAAUAGUAUUUGCUUUCUGCUUUUCUUAUGUAAUUAUAUGCACUUUUGAUAUUAUAGGUGAGAUUUUUCAUAUUAUUAACUUAGAAAUGUCUAAAUGAAACCUCUGAAUUGUGAAACUAGUGUAAUUCCAUUAUAGUAUGUUCAGUUAGGGGGGCUUUGCACCGGUCUUGAAGAGGAUUCGUAAGCAACAUAAUGAAUGAACCAACGUUUUGAAACGGCAUCUAAACACUGGCUUAGUCAAACUGCUUUGAAGCAUUAAAAUAAUGUGUGCUAAGUUUUGUCUCUAAAUAGCUAUAUCUUAGAGGGGAAGACUCACAGAUAGCAAUUAAGAAUGUAGGUGGUACAAAUACUACUGAAAUACAACUCGAUACAUGCAGAUAAAACUCCUGUGUUAAUUGGAUAGUAAUAUUUGGAGUAAUAAAAAUCCUUCACUGUCAGGAUUUUUAGUAAGCACAAAUGGACAUUACACAGAGGGGCACAUUACACCAGUCGGAGGAAACUGAUAAGAAAGGAUGACAGUACGCUGUACCUUUUUAUAAAAUAAAAACCAUAGCUGUGUGUUUCAGAUUUUGCUUUAAGAAUGCCCAUUUAAAAAUUUUAUAUUCUGCCUGAUCUGUAUUCUGGGUGGUUUUGUACCUAUGUGCCAUUUUUGUUUACCGCUACAAGGACUACAGGACUAUUUUUGAGAAACAUUGUUUAAAUAAAAAGUUAAUAAUGUUUGAUUCAGAUUUUUACUUAUCAUAUAAUUAGAUUUUUACAGCAUGAUCAACCAUACUUUGAUUAUUUUGCAUCAGACAAGCAUUGUAUGUGUUGCCUCCUUCAGUUAACAGUGGCUGUCUCUGCACUGGCUUUCAAAACUCCUCACCUGUAGAUAAACCAACUGAAGUUGCGUUGAAGCACCUGUUUUAUUGUUACUUGACUACUUGAAAUAAUUGUGCAAUGUAGGAGAAACUUUCACUCCAAUGUGAAAGAGUAUUCCUAUUUCACUGACAUUUACAUUUUUCUCUGUUACAAACUGUGAGUAAAACCCUGUGAGAAUGAAACAAUUUCAAAGAGCAAAAAUUUGGGGAAGGAAGCUGAUUCUCAUUUUUCAGACUGGAACUGAAGUGCAAAACAAUCAACCUUCUCAAGACCCUCAGAGAUAGUGAGAAAUGGAAAUUAAAACUUAUCACUAUACUUUGAGCUUGUGAGCCGUUUUUGGUUUGAUGAUUGAAACCUGAACAUUCAAGUAAUCUCAGUCCUUUGAUGUAUACUGGGAACAAAUGAGGCACUUGGAUGCCAGUGCAGCAGCACAAAUGGUUUAGGAGUUCAAGGUAAACCUGUAAGGAUAAGCAAAUCGCCAAUUAGGAUUGGAAUACUAGGCUGCGGAAUCUAUAUUCGCUUCUUGCAUUUUGUUUUAGGUUGUGUGCAAAUGUGGGGAUUAUUUUUGUACUUUUGAGAACCAUCAGCAGUCUUUAGAUACAUGAUUUUGUUUUGUUGUUUUUAGUUUUGUUCUUUUUGCUUUAAAAUGGAAUGAUUACGCCUAAAUUAGCUGGAAGCAUGGUGGAAUUUCUGUCAAAUCUGUGACUAAGCAGCUCUUAUGAAACAGAAGUUCCAGUGUGUUGCUAAAAGAUGCUAGCAUCCAAUUCAUUUGUCAAACACAUACGUUAAAACAUUGGUUAAACUGUCUUUGUUUGUUUUUGUUGUUUUCAGGUGUAUAGAAAAGAAUCAUUUAGAUAACAUUAAAAUGUAUAGCUUAUGAUUGAUAGCAGUUGAAGUGCUGUUAUAAUGUCUGUUUUACUGACAGUUUAUACACAUGGUCUCCAUGAGAAAUUAAGAUGCUUAUGAGGUGUAGCUGGUGAAGAGAGACAUGCUUAGUCAGUAUAAGUAUGUUUGGCCCUCUUUAUUUUGGCUUUUUUGACAAACAGCUCUGUCAUGGUGAGCAAAUGAAGGGGAAGGAUACCUCUGGAGAAAAAAGUUGGUUAGUGUUAGGGAGACAGCAGGUGAUUCUGGUUAAGCUUUUGACAUCAAAAAAUCAGAAGCCUGGCAAGGUGCUCAAGUUCUCAGUGCUCUAGGCUGGUAAGUAUAUGAACAAGACUGUUUUAGUUGUUUGGUGGUUGUGUUUGGAUGAAGCGGAACUUUCUUAGCCAAUAUGAUAUGUGAGUGAGGCUAGGGUCUUAGUAAAUAACUGAAAAGCUGUUCAGCGAGAUAACUGUGAGGUGAAUCAAACACACACGGGCCUUAUUCUGAAUUUCAACUUUUCUAUUGAAAAUAAGUAUCUAGAUUCCUAAUUUUUAUUCAACUAAUUAGGUAUUUUGCCCUGCCAAGUAUUUGGAACAGAGUUUCAGCUAAGUGGAACCAUCAGGGUAAUAAAUAGUGAUAAAAAAUAAAUGUUGUUAUUUUUUUCUCACUGAAGAUUAGUAUCUGGUAGUUGAGAAGGAAUGCAUGUUAACUGUAAUAAGGCGGUCAUUUGUUGAAACUGUCCUGGUGAAAUCAGUUGUUUGCAAUAUGUGGGGACUGGGAUGGACUGGAAAGGAUUUAUACUUUGAAGGUAUUCUGUCUUGAAGAAACAUGUUUAAAAAGACAUCUGUUCUCCUUGAAUAUUUAAAAAUAAUUGAUUGUUAUUUAUGUACGUUCAUUGUUUUUAUAGGAAAACCUACAGAUGCCUUUUCUGUUUAUUAUAGUAGUCAUUAUUUUUGGAAAGGAGCUGAAAUGCAUAAGGAGAGUAUUAAGAAAGAAAGAUAGAUACGGCUGAAUAACUUUGAUUUUUUUUUUUUUCACUUUUGAAAUACGAUCCCAGUCACUGCACAGAAUAGUGCACUGUCUCCUUUCUGUCACUCCAUCUGGACUUUAUUAUCUUAAACAGGGUUGUGGGGUGUUGGUAUUCACUAUCUAUGAAGCUGCUACCGCAGAAGUGUCUUGCAUCUUAAGAUGACUUGAGAAAUAUACAUGAGCUGUAAGUGCUGCUUAAUCAAAGGAAAUAUUUACAACUAACAGAAGGCAUUUGUACAUUAAACUGUUUCAGCAUCCUAAUAAAAGGAAGUGUCUGGAUAACA